UAAUCAUACAUUAUACAUCAAUUUGUAGAUUUAGUAGAGAAAUUGAGUUUUUGCUUCAUUUCAUCAAGUGGGUCUUGUUCAAUUUCUUGUAAAAAGAAAUUACCACUUUGGGUUCACUUCUAGUGAUUGAGUGUACUACUUUAACCAUAUAUUCUACAUCAAUUGACAGAUUUAUUAGUUAAAUUGAGUUUUUUCCUUCAUUUCUUCAAGUGGGUCUUCAAUUUUACCUGUAAAACCACCAUUUGGGUUCAGUUUCAGCGGCUUAUUAUAUCGCUUUAACCAUACAUUAUAUAUUGAUUUAUAGAUUUUUUAGUGGAAUCAAGUAUUUUCUUCAAUUUGUUUUACUUUUUCGUUAGGUUCAAUUGAGUACCGAUUUGGUAUUGAUAUUUGUGCUUAAGGACUAUACUACUUUAACUAUACAUUCUAAAGCAUUUUUUGCAGAUAUAUUAGUGAAAUUAAUUUUUUCCUUCAUUUCCCUAAGUGGGUAUUCAAUUUCUUUACGUUUUUCGAUAGGUUCAAUUGAGUACCGAUUUAGUAUUCACCUUUCAUAGUACUUUUAACCAUACAUUCUACAGUAAUUUAUAGAGGUUUAUUAGCGAAAUUGAUUUCUGCUAUUAUUUGUUAUUUCCUGUGCUUUGAUUAUCCUAUGUUAUCUGUGUCGCUUGCGUUAUUUCAUUUCCAUAUCGCUUUGAAUCUCUUAGCCUUAUUUGACCUCUUUUUAUGCUUUUUUUUUAUUGAGCCGAGGGUCUUUCGGAAACAGCCGUCCUUCCUUGGUAGGAGUAAUGUCUGCGUAGACUCUACCCUCCCCAGGCCCCACGUUGUGGGAUUUCACUAGGUUCAAUUGAGUACCGAUAUUUGCGCUGAAGGAGAUCUGAGGUUUUGCUGCUAAUAAGCUGAGAAGGAAGGAAUUAAAAGGGGGUAAUAGUGAUGAAGAUGAAACUGAGGAAACCGGUUUUGUCGUUGUUGCUAAUUACUGUUCUUGCCCCUAUUGUCCUUUACACCGACACUCUUGGGACUUAUUUCAAUUCUCCUUCUUCAUCGAGGACGGAGUUCAUUGAAGAUCUGUCCACCUUUUCUUUUGGUGGUGACGUCCGACCUCUUAAUGUGCUGCCUCAGGAGUCAUCCACAUCACUCAAAGAACCACCGGGCGACGUAUAUUCAGACACCAUUUCUAAUGCCUCGGACACCAUAAGCAGCGAGGAUGCUCGUAAAGCAAGACAACUAACUGAAGCAGAAUCAUUGAAACAUCAAACUGCCACUGGAAACAACGACAGUGGAGUAGAAGUGGCUAUGAAUGAAAAUCAAAUAAGUCAGGUUACUGAUAACUUGCACGAACCGCAACAAGUCGACAAAAAAUCACCAAAACUUGUUUCAGCUGGGAAAAGUGAAAGCAGAGCAAUGGAAACCAGCUCAAAGAAAAAGACGAGUCCAACAGAUUCUGACCACACCUUGGAUGCCACAUCUGCGAAAAUGGAAAUAAGGCAUGAUCAACGCACUGUUCAAACCAGUGGUAGAGUUGCAUCUGGAGAGACAACCAGGAGCAAAGUUGAAGAGCGGAGUACACAAGUGGUUCCCCCUGAUGCUCGUGUUCGCCAGCUUAAGGAUCAGCUCAUUAGGGCGAAGGUCUACCUUUCACUUUCAGCAACACGAAACAACCCCCACUUCAUUAGAGAACUUCGUUUGCGGGUGAAGGAAGUAACACGAUCACUUGGUGAGGCCACUAAGGAUUCUGAUCUGCCAAGGAGUGCCAAUGAGAGGUUGAAGACAAUGGAGCAAACAUUGGCCAAAGGGAAGCAAAUUCAAGAUGAUUGUGCUACUAUUGUAAAGAAGCUUCGUGCCAUGCUUCACUCAGCAGAAGAGCAGCUUCGUGUCCACAAGAAGCAAACAUUGUAUUUAACACACUUAACUGCUAAGACACUUCCAAAGGGUCUUCAUUGUCUUCCUUUGCGCCUUUCAACAGAGUAUUUCAAGUUAAAUUCGUCCCAACAGCUUUUUCCACGUCAAGAGAAUUUAGAAAAUCCCAAGCUGUACCACUAUGCACUCUUCUCAGACAAUAUAUUAGCAGCUGCCGUCGUCGUAAACUCAACUGUUUCGCAUGCAAAGGAUCCUUCAAAGCACGUUUUCCAUAUAGUAACAGACAGGCUUAAUUUUGCGGCAAUGAGAAUGUGGUUUUUGGCAAAUCCACCGCAGUAUGCUACAGUAGAUGUUCAAAAUGUUGAGGAAUUCACCUGGCUAAAUUCAAGUUACAGUCCAGUUCUGAAGCAAUUGGAAUCUCAGUCCAUGAUAGAUUAUUACUUCAGAUCUCGUGCUGAUUCUGAUCCAAAUGUGAAGUUUAGGAAUCCAAAGUACCUUUCAAUCAUGAAUCACUUGCGCUUUUACUUACCGGAGAUCUUCCCAAAGCUGGAUAAAGUUCUCUUCUUGGAUGAUGAUAUUGUUGUGCAAAAGGAUCUCGGUGGACUUUGGUCGCUUGAUCUUAAGGGUAAGGUGAUUGGUGUGGUUGAGACUUGUGGAGAAAGCUUUCAUCGGUUUGACCGCUACCUCAACUUCUCAAAUCCUCUCAUCUCCAAAAAUUUUGAUCCCCGUGCUUGUGGUUGGGCAUUUGGAAUGAACAUCUUUGAUCUGAAUGAGUGGAGGCGGCAAAACAUCACAGAGGUGUAUCACUCAUGGCAAAAUCAGAAUCAUGAAAGACUACUCUGGAAGUUAGGGACCCUACCACCUGGCUUGAUAACCUUUUGGAAGCGCACAUAUGCCCUUGACCGAUCGUGGCAUGUCCUUGGGCUUGGCUACAAUCCCAAUGUUAACCAGAAGGACAUUCAACGAGCAGCAGUCAUACAUUACAACGGAAACUUGAAACCAUGGCUUGAAAUAAGCAUACCCAAGUUCCGAGACUACUGGUCAAAAUUUGUUGACUAUGAUCAGGUAUUUUUGCGAGAGUGUAACAUCAAUAAAUUGGCUGGUUCAUGAAGUGUUGCCUGCACAUAAUACAGUGAGCAUUCAUUUAGUAUACAGGCCUGUUCUUCCUCGAUAAGUGUAUGAUUUUGUUCUUGUCUAAGUGAGGAGUUAUUCAGGUAUAUAGAUGUUGAGUGGAAUAUUAGAGUGAACAUUCUGUAUUGCAUUUAUUCUUGACAUCCAUUGUUGGAUGACAGCUUGAGCCAGAUUUGUUGUAAAUGAUUAACCGUAGCUCUCCCUUUGAAUUUCUUUGUUGUUUGUUGUAUAUUAAUGGCUGCCACACUCUAGAGCCAUGUAUUUUUUCAUUGCUCAGUUUAAUACACUAAUCUCUUCUA